CCAAAUAGUACGUUGAUUUAUCCUUCCAUAAUUAUAACUAAAAGGAAAAAUGCCCCGCAAAGCUACCACAAAAAAGUCGACUUUAAAGUCGGAAGCCGCUGCUAAUAAAAAGAAGCGUUCCUCCAGUAGUGAUAGUGACGACAGCGAACAUAGCACCUCAAGGCGGGGUCCGAAAUUUGAAGAAUUCACCGAGGAAGAUGCGCUCAUUAUAGAUCAACAGCAACCAAGCCCCACCACAAGCAGCCCGCAAGCGGUGUCAAAUAUGGCCACUCCAGAGCCAGAGGUACCUGCUGGGGACGCACCCAAACCCAACGUUGGCAUUGAAUUACCACAAGGAUAUGACCAAAAUGAACAAGUAUCGACUUGUGAUGUGAGAUUUUCAGCGCCGGAUUCCGCUGCAUUGGAUGAAGUGGUGCCCGUGCCCGAGGAAGAAUGUGUGCCGCUUGCCGCGGUAGAGGCGGUGUAUGUAAACCGUGCCCAAGAAGCCAUCAAUGGCCUACUUAAAGAGCCAGCGCCACCACCGAAAGACAUCAAAAAAGCUACCCAGGACAGUGAUACAUCUCCUCCAUUGCCAAUAGAACUACUACAAUUGUUAAGCGAAGGAAGACAGCGAUGAUCAUCAUUAUUUAUACAAUCUAUGAGCAAUGAUAAUUAUAACGGAGCAUAUUAUUGAUGGUGUUGAACCGAUAUUUCUAAACAAAUAUGCGACUAGUUUAUAAUGAGAUUUAAGUGUUUGACGUCCUGAUUUUUGAUUUAUUUUUACAUUUGUCAA